ACUAGAUAUGCUUUGUUUGAAUUUCCCUUUACUCCAUUUAUGGUCGCUUAUUAUACUAUAUAUCUUCUUCAACUUGACAUUCUAAAAUUUAUCUUGUGUUUACACUUCUUCUCUCUAUCUCUCACCGCUUCUGUAUAUAAAGCUGCGCAUUUAUAGACUAUAUGCGCUAAUUAAGAUUAAACACAAUGGCAAUGGGGUUGAAGUUGCUAGCAUUUUUAUGGGUUUUAUGUAGGAUUGGAGGCGUAGCAUCACAUGGAGAUCAACCUUUUUCAAAAAUUUCAGUACAUGAAACUGUGUUUGCUCUUAACGAUGCUGCUUAUGUUAAAGCAUCUCCUCUUGUUCUCGGAUUGAAGGGGCAAACCUCCGAAUGGUUGACUGUGACGUUGCACAAUCCAAUUCCAUCUGUUGAUGAUUGGAUUGGAGUAUUCUCGCCUGCAAAUUUCAGUGCUUCGACAUGCCUCCCCGACAGCUCAAUGGUCGCUCCUCCAUUAUUGUGCACUGCGCCUAUCAAGUUCCAGUAUGCAAAUUAUAGCAGUCCUAACUACAAAGACACAGGAAAAGCAUCGUUGAAAUUUAGAUUGAUCAACCAAAGAUCUGAUUUCUCUUUUGCAUUGUUCAGUGGUGGAUUAUCCAAGCCAAAACUUGUUGCAGUGUCGAAUUCAGUUGUUUUUGCAUAUCCAGAUGCCCCAAAUUACCCUCGAUUAGCUCAAGGAAAGAUGUGGAAUGAAAUGACUGUAACAUGGACAAGUGGAUACGGAAUCAACGAAGCUGAACCUUUUGUGGAAUGGGGCCGGAUAGGUGAAGAGACACGGCGUUCUCCUGCUGGGACACUGACAAUUGACCGAAAUAGCCUUUGUGGAGCACCAGCAAGAACAGUUGGUUGGCGUGAUCCUGGAUUCAUUCAUACCGGAUUCUUACAUGAAUUAUGGCCCAACUCAGUGUACACAUAUAAAUUAGGAAAUAAACUUUUAAAUGGUACUUUUAUAUGGAGUCAAGUUUACCAGUUCAAAUCAUCUCCUUACCCGGGUCAAGAUUCUCUACAACGUGUGAUCAUUUUUGGAGAUAUGGGAAAGGAUGAAGCUGAUGGGUCGAAUGAUUAUAACAAUUAUCAGCAUGGAUCCCUUAACACAACUAAACAACUUAUUAAAGACUUAAAAAAUUAUGAUAUAGUUUUCCAUAUUGGAGAUCUUUGUUAUGCCAAUGGGUACCUCUCACAAUGGGAUCAAUUCACUGCUCAAGUUGAACCAAUUUCCUCUACAGUACCUUAUAUGGUAGCUAGUGGUAAUCAUGAGCGUGAUUGGCCGAAUUCAGGAUCUUUCUAUGAAAACAAUGAUUCAGGAGGCGAAUGUGGGGUUUUGGCAGAAACUAUGUUUUAUGUUCCUGCUGAAAACCGAGCAAAGUUUUGGUACUCUACGGAUUAUGGGAUGUUUAGAUUUUGUAUUGCUGACACUGAACAUGAUUGGAGAGAGGGAAGCGAACAGUAUAAAUUCAUUGAGAAGUGUUUGGCGUCUGUUGAUAGACAAAAGCAACCAUGGCUUAUUUUUCUUGCUCAUCGUGUAUUGGGGUAUUCAUCCACUUCAUUUUAUGCUGUUGAUGGAGCAUUUGGUGAACCAAUGGGAAGAGAGAGCCUUCAAAAGCUUUGGCAAAAGUAUAAAGUUGAUAUUGCCAUUUAUGGUCAUGCACACAAUUAUGAAAGAACGUGUCCCAUUUAUGAGAAUAUUUGCACGAGCAACGAGAAGCACAAUUACAAGGGAAGCUUAAAUGGGACAAUUCAUGUGGUGGCGGGAGGUGGAGGGGCGAGUCUUACUAAUUUUGGAAACAUCAAUACUACUUGGAGUUUAGUCAAAGAUGUUGACUAUGGGUUCUUAAAACUCACGGCAUUUGACCAUUCUAACCUUCUGUUUGAGUACAAGAAGAGUAGUAAUGGCAACAUCAGAAGGUAG